AGAAUCAUAAGGAUAUGGUUUUGACUGAUGCUCUGUGACGGUGGCCGCCACCAAGUGGCGAGGCCCUUCCAUCGAAGAAGAGCUUUGUUCGAGGCAGCCUCCAACAUUGGAAUCCUGUUGGAUGCACCGUAGGGCACGCUUUCGCGGCGACGAUCUUGGUCUAAAUUGCAGGCAGCUGUGUAUCUCUGGUUCAGCACCUGCGUUGCAGGUCGGUGGAUCAAGCAGAUCAUCCACCCCAGCAAAAGCGAAGAGGCGGAGUGGUGCCCCGCAUGCGGGGCUGGUGGGCCAGCUCUCGUCAACCUUCGCUGCUCCGCUGGAGGAGUGCUCCACGUUGGAGAACCUUCACCGGGUGGCGCUCCAGAUCUCCGGACGCCUCUCUUCGCAUCGCCUGGCCUUUGCUGCCUUAGUGGCUGCGGUAUCAGGGCGCUGCACCAGCAUGCUGAGGAAGGGUUGGUCCAUGGAUGAGGCCAUGGAGGCAAUCCCCUUGCUAGGAGAUCUCUGGCAAGCAGGUCUCUUGUAUGUCCCUGGUGACACGGCACGCACCGCUGUAGCCUCUGCGUUGGCCACGUUGGUCUCCGGGGGUCGCCGGGAGACACCGCCGGGCUCCGCCUUUGGCUGCGCGCUGUCGCGGCCCUCGUCGACGGGAAGCGGCGUGGCAGCGCGGGAGAACAUGGAGCAACGCCUGAAGCGAUGGUGUCGCUCCUGUGAGAUUUUCGAAUCUGCUGCAUCCAUGGACCUCCUCACAAGGGAAGGUGGAGCUGUCGUGGAGGAGCAACUCUAUGAAGAGUUGAAGCGCACCCUGGCAGGUGCUCGAGAAGAGGACUUGCGAAAGGCAGCCUCAAAGAUCAAGUUGGGGAGCGUUCCCCUUUGUCGAGCUUGCGGGCUCCUGGCCAAAGCGAGAAGGCCACAUCCAUCGAGCCAGAUCUCCACACCUGGCAGUUCCGACUCCGAGUCGGUCAAGGCAGCUUCAGAUGCAGCUGCCGAGACGAUCUCCGGAAUUGCUUUCGAGGUAGUUCGCAACACUGAAACGGCCAGUGGGGAAACUGCCACCAGCGCUCGAGCUGCUUUAGAAGAGCACGGAGUGGUUGAGCGCCGGGCCGGGCACGAGCGGAUCACAUCCACUUCAAGGUCACCGACGUCAACGCGCUCGGACCGCCUCAGCCCCGGACCGGAUUCAGGACCAGCGUACUCUCCUUUAUCUUCCUCGUGGUUGAAGAGCAGGGACGAAGGUCCUACAGCUCUUCCAGAAUUCGACGGGCUCUCUGUCAGCCACGGCGAGCACAUCAUAGCAGCGGCGAGGAAGGCCAAUUCCCAGCUGUCAGCCCUCGAGGGUGGAUUGCUGCGCUUGGAGGCUGCCAGGCAAGAGAUGCGGCGGGCGAAAGCCCUUCAUCCGCUCCCACCGGCGACACGGAUGGCCAUUGGGGCCGUCGGCCUUGCCACAGAGGAGAGGCGGUGUUCUACUCGGACAUAGCUCAGAUUCGGUGUUUUGCACGGUAGUGCUUUUCUUAGGCACUGACAAGGCACAAAGCGAGACAAUGAUUUCCGACG